UAAUCUUCUUUUUGAUUGGCUUAUUCCAUUGUCCAAUAGGAAGCAGCGUUACUAGUCGGUCGGUCGCUCGGUUACUGUUGUCAUCGAUGCGGCACGUGUGAACGAGCUGAAGGAAAUAAUUACAAAAUGUUGCGGCGUGAGGUUCGGCUCAGGAAGGAGUACCUGUACAGGAAGGCUCAGGAGGACAGACUGCGCUCCAUAGAGGAGAAGAAACAGAAACUCAAAUCUUCAUUAGACGAUAAUCGUCUGAUACCUACUGAGAUCCGCAAACAGGCCUUGGAUCUGCAGAAGCUUCUGGAGUUUGAUGAUGAGGGCGGAGAUGGCGUCAGCUCGCAUAUGGAUGACGAGUACAAGUGGGCCGGAGUGGAAGACCCGAAAGUCAUGGUGACGACUUCCAGAGACCCGAGCUCUAGACUCAAGAUGUUCGCCAAGGAAGUGAAGCUGAUAUUCCCAGGGGCCCAGCGCAUGAACAGAGGAAACCAUGAAGUUGACACACUCGUGCAUGCGUGCAAAGCCAAUAACGUGACUGAUCUGGUGAUAGUACAUGAGACCAGAGGGCAGCCUGACGGUUUGAUCGUGUGCCACUUGCCUUUCGGACCGACGGCGUAUUUCACUCUGUACAACGUGGUGAUGAGACACGACAUCCCAGACAUCGGCACCAUGUCCGAGGCCUUCCCUCACCUCAUCUUUCACAGCUUCACCUCUCGCCUCGGCAGACGGGUGUCCAACAUCCUCAAGUACCUGUUUCCUGUUCCCAAAGAGGACAGCAGACGUGUUAUUACAUUUGCUAAUCAAGAAGAUUUCAUCUCCUUCAGACACCAUGUUUACAAGAAAACCGACCACAAGAACGUUGAGUUGACGGAAGUUGGACCCCGGUUUGAAAUGAAAUUGUACAUGAUCAAGCUGGGCACUCUGGAGAACGAGAGCACAGCGGAUGUGGAGUGGCGUCUUCACUCCUACACGCGCACGGCCAAAAAGAGGAAGGUGUUAAGUGUGGAGUAAACACACGUCACUCUGGAUGUCGGAAAAAGACUCCGUGUGGGUUUAUCACUCUGCUUUUCACGGAAUGAUCUCAGUGAGGACUGUGUGUGGAGGGAAGAGUGUAUGGUUUAUUUUAUACUAUAGAGUAUUACACAUAUUGCUUUCUGAUGACGGAGUGUGUACAGAUAUGUACAGAGUUUCUGCUGAUAAUCUCUCAAUGAAAGGAUUUAUAAUUUUCCAUCACAGGACGUGUAUGGAAUGUAAGAUACUCAAUACUUCAGUAUUUAUUCAUGUCUUUGAAUUGCCUCUAAAUAUUUGAUGGCAUACGCAGAGGUGACUAAGGUGUGGCACAGUCAUGCUGAGCUAUUGAAUCCCUUAAAUAACGAAUAAAACAUUUGGGGAUUUUUUUUUUUUUUUUUUUUCAUAGGAAAGUUGAUUAUUUUCCAAUAACAGCACAUCCCGAAAUGUUUUAUUCCUCUUGUACCACAGCAGUUGUCCAUUUUUGUAGCUACGUUUAAUGUUGUGGAAUGUCCACAAAACAAGUUAGCCAUAAACCAUCGUUCUCUCAUCAGUCUCUCUCGCUCUCUCUCUCUCUCUCUCUCUUUUUUCUCUGUCUUCAAGUUUAUAAAACUAAAAACACAGCAUGUAAUUUUACAGAAAAACCAGAAAGCACAAAGUCUUCCAUCUUGAAGGCUUUUCCAUUUUGGAAAACUUUGUUACAGAGCGCUGAAACUGGAGACUCCUUCUAUAAAUUUUUAAACAUCUUCUUGCAAAAAAACAUUAUCAACGAUUAAACAAUCGUUUCGAUCUGUUUAUGUGGAGCAUCCACCGUGCAGCUUGCUUAAUCAACACCUUCUGACCAGUCUGUGGUAUAUGUGUCAUAAAAUACUAAAUUGUUUGAUAAAUCUGUUUGAAUUUCAUCAUUUCAUAUUGGUCUCUUUGUACAAGAUGUAUCUCAUUUGUGUGCUACAAUAAAAUACAUUGUGCAACAGUU